AUGCCGAGACCACCAAACAGUUACCAUUACCUUUUUAUUGCUCUCCCAACUGACCCUAUCAUCAGGAAGUUGGAUUCAGAUCUUCGUUACCAAUAUGCUGAAGAUUCUGAUGGUAAACUACAUCUCGUGGACCUAUGGAUGGACGUAAACGACUUCUCUGCAGUCACCAGAUUCAAUCCUGAUACACAGAAUGUCUAUCACCUGUUUACACGAAACAAUCCUACUGUGAGUCAGCCAUUACUAGUAGGCAAUAGUGGGCUCCUUGCCAACACCAAUUUCAAUGCGCAACGAAGGACUGUCAUCCUCGUUCACGGAUGGAUGGACUCGGCUACUUCAACGUUCAAUAAUGUACUUGUACCAGGUGAGUUGGAACUCCAUGGUAUGUGUAAUCUCCACAGACAUUUAGAGGUGGAGUACGAUGAAGUCACACACCAGGAGAACUUUUUUCAAGAAUUUCUUGAGAAUAAUACAACCCCAGAACUUUUAGACGAUAUCACUAAUUCAUCUGAAAGGAUACAGUCUUUUGAAAACAUACAAGAGGUGAUAACUCAAGAAAAUAAUAUAGCAGAUCCCUUAAUGAAAACUAUUAAGCCCCCGAAAAUAACGGUACUGUCAGAUGUCCGUUUCAACUGGACAAAUAUUUCAUUUUACAUACCAAAGCAAGAAAAGAAAAAGUUUACACCAAAUAAGUUUUCCAAAACUUUUGAAGAAUUUUUGACAGAUAUGGGAGAGUCAAGUAAUACCGUGAAAUCUUUGAAAGAGACUAACAAAGAACACGUUGAAAAAAAAAGGAUAGAAGAAAAAGAGAAUGAAACUUUCCUCGCUGCUGAAGACGUAAAUGUGAUCGUGGUGGACUGGAGUGCAGGUUCAGGUAGCAUCAAUUACGCUGCUGCUGUUGCUAACACUGUCCCCUCAGGUAUAAGCGUAGCCAGCUUCAUCAACUGGUUAAACUCGGCUGCUGGUACAACUCCAGUAAUGUUUCAUCUGGUGGGCUUCAGUCUUGGUGCUCACCAAGUCGGUAUUAUAGGAAGACACCUAGGAGGAUCUAUUGCUUACAUCACAGGCCGGCCUCACUUAAGCCUGUCCAUUUUUGAACGGGUGCGGGGUCUUACCAGGAAAACCGGCCUCAUUAAACCUGUCCUUUUCAGGGCGGGUGUGAAGAGCCUUGGUUUAAGACUUAAGGUUGCAUUUCAAAAAAGUCUAAAGUUUAUUUACAAACUAAGUGUUGGUCUCGACGCCGCUGGUCCAGGGUGGAUGACCAAUGACAACCGUUUCAGAGAAGACGACGGCGUUUACACCGAGCUGAUUCACACGAAUGCUGGUGUAGCCGGCAUCAUAAAUCCCUUAGCACAAGUCUCCUUCUACCCCAAUGGAGGUGUUAACAUGCCUGGCUGUGGCUUUAUCUCGGAUUGCUCUCAUGCAAGGUCCUAUUUCUAUUUUGCUGAAAGCAUUGGGGGUGGCACAUUCACUGGUCGUAGAUGUUUGACAUCCGCUGCUGCUAUGGCUGGCUCCUGCCUCAUGCCGGGAACUCUUCAGAUGGGUGGCCUACAACCUAAAAUGGGAUCUACUGGCAUCUUCUACCUAGAAACAAAUGCUGAAGCGCCAUUCGCCAGAGGCUAA